AUGUACUUAAGGGAGAGAAGAGCAACAUCCUAUCAGAAACCUUAAGUAGGUCAAGAUGAUUUGAGAAAUCAAUUGAAUUUACUUGAUUAAUUUGUGAGACCAACCUAUGAUGUUAAAUUGCCCCAUGAUCCUAGUCAAAAAAGCGGAAUUCGAUAAUCUAAUCAUUUGAAUAAAUCCUUUCAGUUACCAAAACUGUCUACAUUGCCAGAAGAAUCGAUAAAUGAGGAAGUGGCUCAAAUGUAGUAGGCUAUAGAUUAAUAAAACCAGACUCUAAAGCGAUUAUUGAAAGAAUAAAGAGAAGUAAAUAAAGCUUAACUUUUUAAGUAAGAACUUGAGAAUUUAAAAACUUAAGUUCAAACUAUACAUCUAAAAUUACCAAAACUGCCAUAAUAUGAAUAAUUAAAUGAAAUUAAGCACGAAAUUUCAUCAUUAAGACAAUCCUUCUUCCAAUAAGCUCAACAACCCUAAUAGCCAAUUAUACAGCCUCCUUAGAUAAUAUAUCAACAAAUGCCUUAACCUCUGCAAUAACCCCAGUAUUAUCCCCCUCCUUACCCCUAUUAUCCUCCACCUUAUCCACCUUAUGGAUAGCCUCCCCCUCCUCCAUAUGGAUAGCAACCUCCUCCCUACCCACCUCAACAAUAACUAUAUUAACCACCUUACUAGUACAAUCCCUAUCAAUAUCCUUACUAACCUCAGCCUUAACCCCAAGAAGGCUAAUAAAAUUAAUAAAACCCUUAAUCGGCUGGCAAAAUAAAGACAAAAACUGCUGGAUCACAAGGCUAAAAUUCAAGAAGAUCAAGUCAAAAUAUGAUACCUUUGGUUUCCAAGAGGUCCAUACAAUAAACCAAAUAGAGUUUUUUUUCAGAUAAAGGAGAUAAGAGAGUGCCAUUUCAGGGUUCAAGAUUGAAAGUAAUUUUUAAUGCAGUUCGAUUUGCUAUGAGGUGGAAGAUAUAUUGUAAGCCGUUGAAUAUUCUAUGGAGAAAAUUAUAUAAACAUUCUGUUGAGUGCAAAGCAGUGAUAUAGAAAAUAUCUUAUCAUGUUGCUCUGAAACGGAUAAAUGAUUGGUGCAAAAUGGUUUUAGCAAAGGUUGAAAAUUACUUGAGUAAAAUAAAAGAAAUAGAUUUUAUUAAUCCAGAAAAACCAUUGACGGAAUAAGAAAUAGAUCAAUCAUAUAUGUAAUUAACGAAUGUGAUGAAAUAUCUGAUGACCAGUCUUGUUACAUAUUGUACAAACGAUUUCAUGAUUCCAGAAUUGAAAUUUUUAUCUUACCUUUAGUUUUUUGAUUAGCCAGAAAUAGAUAGAGGACUGUUCGUUGCGAGAAGAGUAUUAUUUUGGAAAGAGAAAUAAUUAGACAUGACUAAAACAUAAUAGAUGAUGAUUGUGGGGGAUCUAGUUAUAUUAGUACAUAUAUUGCCUGCUUUAUUGGAAAUUCCAGGAUAAAUAUUUUUAGUCAAAUGUAUGGUGUCUCUUGUUUAAAUUCAUUUUAUGAAAUAUUUUGAUUUGAGAGUGCUCAAUCGAAAUCCAGAGUAUAGAAUUAUUCAAUUAAAUUUGGUGGAUGUGGUGGAUGGCAAAUUAGUUGCCAGACUAGAAAAACUGGAAAAGUUUGAUGAUGAAAGAUAUAUUGUAGGAGUCUAUGAGGAAAGCCAAUUUUAAGGAUUUUAUGCUAAAAGACCUCAUUUCCAAGAUGAUAUGCAAAAAGCGCUAUUUUAAAUACAUACUAAUUUAUUAUAAGCAUUAGCUGCUAAAUGA